AUAGGUUCAUUUCUUUUGAGUGCGAAAAUUAAAAAAAUUAUUUUUAGGAGAAAAGUGGUGUGGUCCACCGUCCACACUAAUUAAGUACAUUUGUUUUACUAAAAAAAAUGAGCUUAUUCUAAUGGGACGUCUCAAAAAAGAAAACGAGCCUAUUAGAGUGACGGAGGAGUAGUAUUUUUUUUUGAAACGAAAUCGAAAAUUAUAGAAAAACAUUAUUAUAUCCAUAAAAUAACAUUAUCUGAAUAAUUUCCAAAAGUAAAUAUCUGCUGCGGCGUCUGCGCGAGUUGGUUUGAAAAGAUGAUGAUUGUUCCAAACAACAUAGGAAUUGUUUCGUGGAGGAUAAAGCCCUUGAUUUGGAGAGUUUCUUGCUGCAACUCUCACUUCCGCUGUAAGAAUUCCCACAAUAACUCCGUCUCUCUUUAUCCCACCAGCGUUGCUGACAGAGUGUUGAUGGAUAUUCAAAAUUCCGGCAUUAUUGCUUGCCUUCGCGCCAAAAGUGCAGAGUUAGCAGUGGAAGCUGCGCGUGCAGCACUCAGAGGUGGAGUUUCCGUUUUGGAAAUCACAAUGUCAACCCCUGGUGUUUUCGAGGCGUUGCAGUGUCUGGUCCAAGAAUAUCCUUCAGCAUCAAUAGGAGUUGGAACAGUUUUAGAUAGACGAGACGCGAAAGAAGCAGUAGAUCUUGGAGCUAAGUUUCUCAUGAGUCCUGCAAUGGUGAAGCAGGGAAUUCUAAACGAUGUUGCAGAGGGCCAGGCUCUGUAUAUACCAGGAGCAGCAACCCCUACAGAGAUAUUAUCUGCAUCGAAUGGUGGUGCCAAAAUCAUCAAGGUGUAUCCAGUCUCUGCAUUAGGUGGAGUUGAGUAUUUAGCAGCAGUGAAGAAGCCAUUCCCCCAUAUCCCACUGGUUGCAUCACAAGGCAUGAAAUUAGAUUCAGUUGGAGUGUAUAUAGGUCAUGGAGCAUCAGCUGUUGUUAUAUCAGAUGCCAUAUUUGACAAAAAGGCAAUGGCUGAAAGGAAUUUUCUUCUAAUAUAUCACUUGGCCUGCUGUGCUGCAACCAAGGGGACUCAAGCUGUAAGGUCAGAACCUCUCUCUCUCUCUCUCUCUCUCUCUCUCUCUCUCUCUCUCUCUGUCAUGUAAGCUUGCUUAAAUGGCUUUCUUAACUAAUGUGCAGGAAAACUGUGUAUGGAUGACUGAAAUUGUUAUGUGGCGCAUUUUUGGAAAUGUAGAUGUGCACUACAAAACUUUCAUUAUCUCAAAGACGUAUGCAUAUAUUUUUGUUUUUAUUUUUUUAUAUAAAAAAAUUUAUAAUCAUAUCCAAGAGUUCUAGAUAUUGUUAUUCUAUGUACAUAGAAUGUGACAUAUUUGAAAAAUAUCAUGAUAAAGGAGGCUAUUGUCAUAUGAA